AUGUGGAAAGGGUUCAAGGAUUGCUUAGGUGCUUUAGAUGGAACCCAUAUCAAGAUUAGGGUUCCAACAGUUGAUAAACCUAGAUAUCGAACGCAAAAAGGUGACAUGACAACAAGUAUGUUAGGUGUUUACACACCUGAUAUGCAUUUUGUUUAUGUUCUUCCUGGUUGGGAAGGUUCUGUUUCUGAUGGACGGGUUCUUCGAGAUGCCAUUAGUAGGAGACAUAGACUAAAAGUUCCUCAUGUUAUGCCAGGUUUUUCACAAUCAAAUGUUUCUCCACAAAGUUCUCGACGAACCAAAAGGAAAUGGGUUUCAGAAGAAGAAGUUGCGUUGGUUGCUAGUAUGUUCUACUUGCAGAAUGUUGGAACCUUCAAUGCUGAUACGGGAUCCAUGUAA